AUGGGGAACACUCAUUCCAAGGGUGGCGACAGGCACGGGGCGCUCCCCGGCCACCCUGAGCUGUCUUUUUACAGCUCUUUCCCCAGGAAAUGGAGCGAGAACGUCUUCUUAGAUAAUGAGCUGUUGACCUCUAAGAUCCUGUCGGUGCUGCGGCCCCAGUCGGAGCGGGGCUUCCGGACCAGUGACCUCCGCUACCCUGCCCACUUCUUGAGCACCAACUCUGUCUUUGCCUCUGUCGCAGCCUCACUGAAGGAGCACCCGAGGAGCAGCCUUCUGUCUGAUGGCAGCCCGGCCCCAUCCAGGAAUGUCGGCAUGACGGUCUCUCAGAAAGGGGGUCCCCAGCCAAUACCAAGCCCGGCCGGACCUGGGGCACGACUCGGACCAGCCACAGGAGAGAUGGAUGAAGCUGACUCUGUGGUUCUAAAAUUCAAGCAGGCAACUGAUGACUCCCUAGCACUCACGUCCUCCAAUACCGAGUCUGUUUUUGUAGAAGAUCCCUACAUUGCCUCGCUGAGAAGCGAAGUCGAAUCGGACACCCACGAGUUUGAGGCCGAGUCCUGGAGCCUGGCUGUAGACUUGGCCUACGCCAAGAAGCAGAAGAAAGAGGUGGUGAAGAGACAGGAUGUCCUGUACGAGCUGAUGCAGACAGAGGCACACCACGUGCGGACCCUCAAGAUCAUGCUGAAGGUGUACUCCAAGGCCCUCCAGGAGGAGCUGCAGUUUGGCGGCCAGGCCAUCAGCCGCCUUUUCCCCUGCGCAGACGACCUGCUGGAGAUGCACAGCCACUUCCUCGCUCGGCUCAAGGAGCGGCGCCGCGAGGCUCUGGAGGAGGGCAGCGAGCAGAAUUACAUCAUCCAGAAAAUCGGGGACCUCUUGGUGCAGCAGUUUUCAGGUAAAAACGGGGAGAGAAUGAAAGAAAAAUAUGGUGUGUUUUGCAGCGGCCACAAUGAAGCCGUCAGUCAUUACAAGUUAUUGCUGCAACAAAACAAGAAAUUUCAAAACUUGAUCAAGAAAGUUGGCAGCUUCUCCAUCGUGAGGCGGCUUGGUGUGCAGGAGUGCAUCCUUCUGGUCACUCAGCGCAUCACCAAAUACCCUGUGCUGGUGGAGCGUAUCAUCCAGAACACAGAAGCUGGCACUGAGGACCAUGAAGACCUGACUCAAGCCCUGAACCUCAUCAAAGACAUCAUCUCCCAAGUGGAUGCCAAGGUCAGUGAGUGCGAGAAGGGCCAGCGCCUCAGGGAGAUCGCAGGGAAGAUGGACCUCAAGUCCUCCAGCAAACUCAAGAAUGGACUCACCUUCCGCAAGGAGGACAUGCUACAGCGGCAGCUGCAUCUGGAGGGCACGCUGUGCUGGAAGACCACUUCAGGGCGCUUGAAAGAUGUCCUUGCUGUCCUCUUGACCGACGUGCUUCUACUGCUGCAAGAAAAGGACCAAAAAUAUGUCUUUGCCUCUGUGGACUCGAAGCCACCUGUCAUCUCUCUGCAAAAGCUCAUCGUGAGGGAAGUGGCCAACGAAGAGAAGGCCAUGUUUCUGAUCAGUGCCUCCCUGCAAGGACCUGAGAUGUAUGAGAUCUACACCAGCUCCAAAGAGGACAGGAACUCCUGGAUGACCCACAUCCGCCAAGCCGUGGAGAGCUGUCCCGAUGAGGAAGAGGGACCCUUCAGUGAGGUCGAGGAGGAGCGGAAGGUCGCUGAGGCCCGCGCCAUGAGACUCCGGGACUUUCAAGAACGACUGAGCCAGAAAGACCAACUGAUCGCCCAGAGCCUCCUGGAGAAGCAGCAGAUCUACCUGGAGAUGGCAGAGAUGAGCGGACUUGAGGACACAGCCCAGUCGCGUGGACUCUUCCGCGGAGGCGAUGCCUCGGAGACCCUGCAGGGGGAGCAGAUCCUCAAAUCGGCCAUGAAUGAGAUCGAGGGUAUCCAGAACCUGAUCUGCAGGCACCUGGGCUGCAGCAGUGGCCUAGCGGAAGAGGGAGGUGGCUCCACAGGCCUGCCUCGGAGGGCUGAGACCUUCGGAGGGUAUGACAGCAUGGGCAGCCCUAGCAAGAAUGGCAGUUUUAAGAAGAAAGUCUGCAGCUGGCGAGGGCCUGCCAGCAGCCCAGACUCGAAGCUUGGAAACGGAGAUGUCCCUGGGGGCUGCGAGGAGUCACCGCAGGCGGUAGAGAUGCCAGGUUCAGAGACUAGCCCCCGGCUGCCCACUUUCCUGGAGUCAGAGCUUGUCCAGCGGAUCCAGACUUUGUCACAGCUGCUCCUCAGCCUCCAGGCGGUCAUCGCCCAGCAGGACAGCUACGUGGAGAUGCAGCGGGCAGCCAUCCAGGAGCGGGAGAAGCAGUUUCGACUGCAGUCGACGCGCGGGAACCUGCUGCUGGAGCAGGAGCGGCAGCGCAACUUUGAGAAGCAGCGAGAGGAGCGUGCGGACGUGGAGAAGCUACAGACUCAGCUGCGGCAGGAGCAGCAGCGCUGGGAGCGAGAGUGCGCGCGCCAACGGCAGGAGUUGGAGCGCGCAGGCGCACGGUUGCAGGCGCGGGAAGGCGAAGCGCAGCAGCUGCGUGAUCAGCUGGACCAGGAACGUGCAGAGCUGGAGCGACAGCGCCGGGCCUACCAGCAAGACCUAGAGCGGCUGCGCGAGGGCAUGCGCGCGGUGGAGCGGGAGCGCGAGCGCCUGGAGCAGCAGCGCAGGCUCAAGAAGCAGCACACAGUGCCAGGGGCACUGCCGCCCGGGGCGCUGGUGGAGGCCCAGCCACCAAGCCACCCUCCUAGUUUCAAUGGGGAGGGGCAAGAGGGACCCCUGGCCUUGGCUAAAACACCUGGGACCCGGGCGAACCUGCUGCUAUCCGGUGCUGGGCCCGAGUAUGUGGAGCGCCCUGAGGUGGCCCGCCGGGACAGUGCCCCAGCUGAGAGCCGGCCAACCAAGAGUGACGUGCCCAUCCAGCUGCUGAGCACCACCAACCAGAUUCAGAGGCAGGCGGCAGUGCAGCAGCAGAUCCCCACCAAGCUGGCCGCCUCCACCAAGGGCAGCAAGGACAAGGGCAGCAAAAGCAGGGGCUCCCAGCGCUCGGAGAGCUCAGCUUCAUUCGACCUCAAGCAGCAGCUGCUUCUCAACAAGUUGAUGGGCAAGGACGAGACCACCUCUCGGAAUCGCCGGUCACUGAGCCCCAUCCUGCUCAGCAGCCACAGCUCCACGCCUGCCACAGACUCCUACGUCCCAGCCCCGAGUCCAGCCCCAACCGACAUCCCUCCUGAGGCCUUCUUCAUCAAGGCUGGGGGCACAUCCUUCCCACCUGUGCCCCCGGCUCCCUCCCCACUACAGGCCACCAGGGAGGAAGCCAGCAAGGAAGACGUCAUCUUCUUCUGAGGGGCUGUGGCUCCAGGGGCAGGCCCUCUGGCCUGUCUACCCUGAGUCUCUGGGGACCCCAUGGGGUGACUGCCUGCCCAGCUAUUGUCCCCUCCUGCCCAGGCACACCCCUGAUGUCCAUCUGGCCUGGGUCAGCCUGUUGGUGCUUCGGGUCUCAUGGCUCUGUCUGUAGGAUUAGUGGUAAUGCCUGGGUAAUUUCAUAAACCUCUUUUUUUUAUUCAUACAUAAAAGAAAGUUUUUAAUGGAAAGUUGAACCAACUAAAGCAAGGAGAUGUUUUAAGCCGUAGUACCCCUUUGGGUAGGAGAAAGGUCAAUUUCCAGUUGUUUGCCCAGGCAGUGAGGAGUGCCAGGGGGGCCAAGGAGCUGAAAGACAGGCCAGGCCUGGGUCUGAGGAGCCGCUGGCCAGGCCAGGCUCCACAGGUACCAGGAAGCACUGAGUGAGUCAAGUCGUGAGGGCACCAGGAGGGGCCAUGGCAUACAUGUGUGUCUGCAAGUCAGGCAGAAUCACCCUCCAAAGCAGCCCCUUCCACGCUGGCCACCAAGAACCUCUGUCGGCAGGGCAGGCAGGGCCCACCCAGGAGUAGCGAGGACCAGAGGGAAGGGGCGGCCAUGGCACUUCAGGCAUGUUUUGUGGGUUCGGAAGCUCGUCCUGAAGGGGCCGACCAGGCAUGGCUCCUUUGACAGAGGUUUCCCAACCGCUGGUCUGCUUCUCGAGGGCACCUGCCGUCCCCACCGCUCAGCCCGUCCAGGGCACCAAGCCUCGGGCUCAGCCAGGGCUGGCACAGGCACCCCAGCAGAGGUCCUCGGUCUCCUGUGAAAUGGGCAGAUUUUCCUGGGGCUGCUAGGAAGAAGCCCCUGGGCUGUGUCCGGCCAGAACGGGAGGGAAUGCCUGGAGAGGCUGCCAGCAGGUGCACAGGGGGCCAUCUUGGGGCGCCUCACUUGCACUGGCCUGUUGCGGCCUGGAGUCAGCUUCCCCUAGAGGACUUGGGGCAGGGCUUUAGGGGUGGCCCAGAUGGUCAGAUCCACAUUCCAGCUGCAGCCAAAGCAGAGCCUGGCUGCCCAGGGCAGGAGGGGCGCGUUGCCAGCCUUGCCCCACAGCCCAGGCUUCCCCACGUUGGAAGUGUUGACAGCAGGGCCAGGUCCUGGGCUGGUCAUUCUUGUUCCCAGAAAGGGGCACUUGGGCCCAAGCCAGGGCCAGUGUCCUGGGGAGCCUCAGUGGGGAACUCAGCCCUUCUCCUGCUAUGUCAGCAGAGUCACCCCCUAUGAUGCCCAACAUAGUAAGCUGGGGGAUGUUUCCACCACUGAGGGACAAGUGGGCACAGAAGAGGGGAAACUGUUAGGACCUGUGCAGCCUGCCGUCAGCUCCCUGAAGCCAAGGUGCCUGCUUAGUUAGUGUCCCAGGCUCAGGAGGGGACUGGGCAGGUGCAGGCACUGACCAGGAGCCAGGGCCCAGCCAAUGGCUAGCAGGGUUCUGAAAGCAACAGCUGUAGUGAGUGGUGUGGUGUCCCAACCUCUUCUCCAGGCUUCUGGCCUCUGAGAACCUUGACUUUUCCCACCUGGUCCUUUUCCAUCAGCAGUGCUGUCCUGUUUCCCGAGUGUCCCCCAACCCACCAGAUCUCAUCUGUGCCAUGUUUAUAAUCAGUGUUUUGUAUUUUUGUACGGAGACAUAUUGGAGCACUUUAGAAAGGCUAAAUUCCUGCUCUAUCGCGAAGAGAACAUUCCUGGACUCCUGCACUGGCUGGCCUCCCAGCCUGUUUGUCUGGACCACCCACCCAGACAUGAGGACUCCUUGAACUUAGACAAGCGCAAGGAAUUUCUGCCCAACCACACAGCGGACCAUCAGCAGGAAGGGGGCCUCCCCGUCAGGUGGCCAGGGAAGGGGGGGCUCAGUCAGGCUCCACACGCAGUAGGGCAGCAUAGCCGGUUCACCCUCUUACCACACCCACGGUCACUCCUGGGUAGAGCCCAAUUUUAUUUGUAAAGCUGGUGGCUGCGUAGUUCCCCGUUUCUGUGGGUCCAUGCUUGUGGUCUUUGAUGAUCGUGACCAUGACCUUAGCCAACAUGACAAUUACUUCACAGUGAUUAUGUUUCCUACCACCAGGUGUUUGGGAACCACCCUAGAACUUAAGACCAGAUUCUAGCAAUAAAAGUGUCUAAGAUGAUCUCUGA